GCGGACUGCGAGUUUUGGCAGUCAGUGCAAGCUCGCAAGGAGGACUGGGACUUCUGGCUGGCACUGCAGGCGCGCAGGCAAGCAGAGCGGCAGGCGAAGCUCACUGCUAGCACUUCAAAGCGUCCGCAUGCUGCUGUGUACGGCAAGAAGCCCGUUCUGAACUCCAAGUUCAAAAAGAGGGGGAUCGCCUACUCUCGCAAGGUGCGGGGUCAGGUGUGCAAUCGCACCUUGCGCCGCUUGGAGCAGCCGUCCUACCAGGAGGUCAUGUUGCUCACGCAGGCCAAGGCGAAGGCGUUCCUCAAGCAGCACGGGGUGCUGCCUGCCAACAAGCAGACCUUCUUCUGCUGGUCUUGCGGGGAGCAGCUCCACAUGAAGGAGGGUGUGGGCAGAUGCAACCGACGCAAGUGCGACAACAAGUCUCGCUUGCACGAUACUGCCCACGUGUACACCCCUCUGGCAUCGCACGCGAGAGCGGGGUAUGAGGCGGACUAUGUGUGCUUCUUGCGGUGCGCUUACAUGCUGGGUUGCAAGAUUCCAGCAGACGCUGGGGUUCACAUGGUGAGGCGGCCGGAUGAGACGCCAAGAGCUGCUGAGCACAGGCUUUACAGGUACACUCAAGGGAUGAAGGUUGCCCUUGCCUACGAUCAGCUCUUGUACAGCAGAGACUUGGUGUUCAAGGACGAGAUUGUUGAGCCGGACUCUGGCCGCAUGGGCAGUAAGAAGACAAGCACAGAGGACGCCACCAAGAAGGAGCAUCAGGGCAGGACUUUGGUGCUGAAAGGCCGAUCUUCGAAAAAGUGGGGCAGCUUCGCGCUCAGGACAAGCAUAUCGCGCAAAGGGCGUGGCAUGGGCACAGAGAGGAAGGAGGAGGUGGCCCCGGUGCUUCAGCGUAGCAUUGGGCGCGGCGUCGUCCUGGCCGCGGACGGGGCCAAGGCUUGGAAGUCAGUGGGUGACUCCAUGAACACUCCUACAUUGCCGGGUGUCAACCACAUGAAGAAGAUCUUCACGCCGCUGAGCAGGCUGCGCAAGAAGACUAUGCCACCUGCUGCCGCUCGCACCUUGUCCCGCGCUAGCAGCACGAAGGUUCCGACUGCUCAGGAAGGGCCGAGGCACUUCUGGGCUGCAGGCGGCGACAAUGCCGCGGAAUCUUGCCUGGGGCACAUCAAGCAGACCAUGCGACGCCUCGGUUUUGCGGGCCGAGGGAACCCGACCAAGAAAGAGACCAAGUCCGUCCAAGCCCUCGCGGCCUCUGCGUUGCUGCGCAGCGCAGGGGGCUGGCCGUAA